AGAAGCUAGCACUACCCGUGAGGUUAGCCUAGCUACGAUGAAGAUGAACACGGUUGCCGGCGUCCUGCUACUCUUCUUGCUCGGCGGCCUCACCCCGUCCCCGGCGGCCGCCGAUGUCUGCGACAACAUCCAACAGGUCGCCGCCACCCUCCCCAAGAACACCUCCUCUUCGCCCGUGCACUUCGCCACCACAAUCUUCGGCCAAGCGCCCGACGUCGUCUACGCGCUCGCACUCUGCCGCGGCGACGUCCUCAACGACACCGCCUGCGGCGAGUGCGUCGCCAACACGUUCGCCAAGGUACUCAGCCAGACACCGCCGCCGCAGCAGCAGUGCCGGACGGCCGCCUACUACUACGGCGGCUCCUGCAGGCUCUUCUACUCCGUCGACGACAUCCUCGCACGCUCCAAUAAUACCACACUACCGAACGUCGACGACGAGCCAUUCACGUUAUGGAACGUCAAUAACUUCACCGGCGACGCCGACGACAUCCGGCGCAUCGUCGGCCUCAAGCAGGAGCUGCUUCUGGAGACCGUACAAAGGGCGGCCGGCGCGGAGCCGAGGCGGUUCGCCACGGGCGUCAUGGAGAGCGGCACGACGUUUCCGCCGGUGUACUCCCUGGCGCAGUGCACGCCCGACCUGUCCGCCGGCGACUGCCAGGCGUGCCUCCGGCGUCUCCUCGGCACGGUCAACUCCACCAUGGCCCUGCGGAUGGGAGCGCAGAUCCAUGUCAUUCGGUGUUACUUCAGGUAUGAGACGUAUCUGUUCUACGACAGCCAACCCAUGCUGCGUGUUGGGCCGUCAUCACCGCCGGCGCCAGCUCCGAAUCCGGCUGCAGUGGCGAAACACAAGAGGCGUAUGAGCAAGCUCUGGGCAAUUCCGAUAGUUGCAGUUCCUCUUGCGGCAGCAGCAUUUCUCUGCUUCCUAUUCUACUCCCCUUGGUUCAGAAGGUACAGGAAAGGUAGAGCGAUGAGAUUACAAGCAGGAUCAAGGCGUACUCAGGACUUGCAGGGAGAUGAAGAACUAGUUUGGGAUGGGAAGAAUUCAGAGUUCACGGUGUUCGACUUUGAACAGGUGCUGGUGGCCACAGAUCAUUUUUCAGAAGAAAACAAACUUGGACAAGGUGGCUUUGGCGCUGUCUACAAGGGCCAGUUUCCUGAUGGAUUGCAGAUAGCAGUUAAGAGACUUGCUUCACAUUCAGGACAAGGUUUCACAGAGUUCAAAAAUGAAGUUCAGCUCAUAGCCAAACUCCAGCACAGGAAUCUGGUUAGGCUCUUAGGAUGUUGCUCCCAAGAAGAAGAGAAGAUAUUGGUUUAUGAAUACUUGCCAAACAAAAGCUUAGACUUCUUUGUAUUUGAUGAAAGUAGAAGAGCUUUGAUGGAUUGGUCAAAACUUCUAGUAAUAAUUGAAGGAAUAGCACAUGGACUUCUUUACCUACAUAAGCACUCCCGCUUGCGUGUUAUACAUCGAGAUCUUAAGCCAAGUAACAUUCUCUUGGAUGGUGAAAUGAAUCCAAAAAUUUCAGAUUUUGGCCUGGCAAAAAUUUUCAGCUCAAAUAACACUGACCGGAAUACUACACAAAGAGUGGUUGGUACAUAUGGCUAUAUGGCUCCUGAGUAUGCUUCGGAGGGCAUCUUCUCUAUUAAAUCGGACGUCUUCAGCUUUGGUGUUCUUGUUCUUGAGAUCCUUAGUGGAAAAAGGAAUUCUGGAAGCCAGCAAUGUGGAGGUUUCAUCAAUCUCAUUGGAUAUGCAUGGCAAUUGUGGGAAGAGGAAAGGUGGAUUGAGCUCGUUGAUGCAUCGUUGUUUCCCAAGAGCCACUCGGCAGAUAUGAUGCGGUGCAUUAACAUUGCACUGUUGUGUGUCCAAGAGAAUGCAGAUGAUCGACCGACAAUGGCGGAUGUUGUUUCAAUGCUAAGCAGUGAAACAACCACAAUCCUAGCGGAGCCUAAGCAGCCAGCAUAUUUCAAUGUGAGGGUUGGAAACGAAGAGGGAUCCACUACGGCUACUGAAUCAUGUAGUAUCAAUGAUAUGACCGUAUCUGUAAUAACUCCUAGAUAGCUUUUUCUUCGUAUCAUGUUGGUUUUUACUGUUAACUGUUAUGUAAUGCAAAAGUCCAAGUGGUGCUUCAAACGUGAGAUUAUAUUUGUUUUGCGAAUGAAAGAGGCUUGCUAGUUGGAGCGUAAAAUUAGCUGUUGUAUGUUUGAAGCUGUAAUUUUAUUUUAUUUCCAUUUGCAAGCAAAAUGAUACCAAGCUUCAAUUAUGUUUAUCUAGUAAUUUUUAUU